UUAGUACACAUCUGCUUUGACUUAUGAUGGAGUCCUUGUGAUGGCUGAAACAUUCCGAAAUCUUAGAAGGCAGAAAAUUGAUAUUUCAAGGAGAGGAAAUGCUGGAGAUUGUCUGGCAAAUCCUGCUGCUCCAUGGGGACAGGGAAUUGACAUGGAGAGGACACUCAAACAGGUUCGAAUUCAAGGACUCACAGGAAAUGUUCAGUUUGACCACUAUGGACGUAGGGUCAAUUAUACCAUGGAUGUGUUUGAGUUAAAGAGCACAGGACCUAGAAAGGUUGGUUAUUGGAAUGACAUGGAUAAAUUGGUUCUGAUUCAAGAUGUACCCACUCUUGGCAAUGACACAGCAGCUAUUGAGAAUAGAACAGUGGUUGUAACCACAAUUAUGGUAAGUUUUGGUCUAUGCUUUAUGUUUUUCCGUUUUGUUCACAGGCAAUUUUAAUUCCCCAGCUAGGUGACUGGGAGGUAAUAUCCUCCACUUAGCAUGGUGAUGUGUGUGUUGUGGAGGCUUUGAAUAGGUUUGUCCUGAAUGCUUCUAUUUGUAUUAUUUUUGUUGCCUUGUUAUUCUUGGAAAAAUGUUCAGAUUGGAAAAAUAGAGACUGUCAUAUUCUAGUUGUAUGAAAUGUAUGAAAUGCUAAGACUCUGAAGGAUAAAAUGGUGAACAUGAAAAAAUUCGACAACCAAUCUCAUAAAAAUAUCUAGUAGUA